AUGAAUUUACCGCGGACCAGGUGUAAGAUGCACAUUCCCACAGCUUUGGAGAUUGCGGGGAAGGGGAACCACGGUUUUCAUUCACAGCGACCUUGCAGCAUGGGACGCGGGGAUUCAGGUAAAGUCGUCGUUCUGUGCUUCCUGAAUUGGUCCUCUUCUCGCCAGGUGCACGCGGCGCGCAGCGGCAAUCUCAAGGACGAGAUGUUCGCCAUGUUCGACGCCAAGGAUGAGGGCCAGCUGUCAGACGACGAUUUGCUGCUGCAAUCGUGGGACGACCUGAAGCGGCCCAGCAAGUUCUAUAACGGGUACAACGAGGUGGACCACUACAUGAAGCAAGGCAACCUGGCGGAGUAUUUGGGGUUGAAGGCAGUGAGGGCCAUCCACGUGCCCAUCCCCGUCAACCUCAUCUUCAUCGGCUUCAAUGCCUCCACCCACCACGGCAUGCACAUGCGGGAGGGCGACAUGCGGCGCUGGCUGCAGCGGAUGGACCACGUGGAGGAGCACACGCGCGCGCCCCUCAACUGGCCCUCGCUCCUUGCCCGCCUCGCCCGCUCCCUGGGGGCGGGCGGCACAGUGGGCGGCGAGGUGGUGCGCAGCUAUGAUGAUGACGAGGAUGAAGAGGAGGGGGAGGAAGAAGGAGGGGAGUUGGAGCAUGACCUGCCGCUCAUCAGCAGCGUGCACUACAACUACACGGUGCAUGUGAUGGAGAUGGGCGAGCGCGUCGCCUCCGUGUUCGAAGCAGCAGUGCGCACACUCUCCCGCCCCGACGACCCCACCGCUGCUGCCGCCUCCGACGACGACGACGACCCCGCUGACUCGCCCCCGCACCCCCACCACCCCUCCUCCUCCUCCGCCUCCUCCGCAUCAUCAUCCGGGGCGGGGGAGGGCGCGGGGGGGCAGCAGCAGUGGCACCAGGUGGACAUGGGCGCCAUGGCGCAUGUGGUGGACAGCCUCGUGGACUCGCUGCAGCUCGAUGCCUCCGCGUAUAACGUGCUCGUGCUCAACCUUAAUCGCGCGCGUGCUCGCAAGAGAUACGGGUACAGGCUCGGCCUGUCCACUGCGGAGUUCAACAUGCUCAAGGCGGAUGACCGCCUGAGGCAGCACCUGCUGUCGCCAGGGCUGGAGAAAGUGCCGCAGGUGCUGGACGAGCAGCACGUGCCACAGCCGCUCUUCUCCUCGCGUCCGGGUCACAAGCUCGCGUGGCGCCACAUCGAGCCGCAUGAAAUCCUGCCAUGGGUGGCGCGGGUGACAUCACUGCUGGGCACAGUGGAGCGGGUGGUGAGCGAGCGCGGGGACCCGCGUGCCAACGCCGCCCGCAAGGCGCAGCAGCUGCUCACCUCGGGCGACCCCCGCCGCGCCCGCGCCCUGCGCGCCGCCCUGCAAGAGGCCGCUCAGCCGGGCGGCGAGGAUGCCAGCUGGCAGGAGCAGUGCCUCACUGACACGUGGAUUGGCACCCGCAGCCAGUUCCCCAUCCGUGCCCCCCACCCGCACCACCCUCCACACCCCUCACCCAGGUGGGCGCUCAUCGACCUCUCUGCCGGCCCCUUCUCCUGGGGACCGCUCUCCCCCUCCGCCCCCCGCGCUGCUGCUGCUGCUGCUGCUGCUGGUACCCCCAUUGCGCCUGUCAACACUGCUGCUGUGGCUGGUGGUGUCAGGAAGGAGAGGCUGGAGGCGGUGGAGGAGGGGGAGGGGGAGGGCGAGGGGCAGCACGCGGUGGACGUGCUGCUGGCGGAGCUCGACGUCUACCAGGCCUUUGCCGCCCGCCACUGCUCUCACCGCGCCGUCCCCAGCGCUCUCUGCCGCGAGCUGCAGCAGAAGCUGGAGGAGGUGAAGGACGACCUCGCCCAGCACCAGGGCGGCAGCGCCACGGCCGGCAGCGUCUUCACGGGGCGCAGCGUGCGGGCGGCACUGGAGCGCCUGCACAGCUGGAAGUUCCAAAGCGUGCCGCCCGACAGGCAUGCAGGCAAGGGGGAGGCGGGAGAGAGCAGUCCUGCAGUGACGCGCGCGUGGGACAUGCUCAUGGCUGAGCUGGCGGCCACGCUGGCAUCCGCGAUGAGCCACGUCAUCACGCCAUCCACGGCAGCUGGCGCGUACCACUUCUACGAGCGCGUGUCCUUCCACCUCUACGUCAUCUCCCACCAGGCGUACUACGAGCGGCGCCACACCCCACAGUACGUGGAGAACUUCAAGGCCGAGCUGCAGAAGCUCUGCCUGCCGGGCCAGCGCUUCCACUUCUCCACCUACCGGCUGUCAGUGGCGGAGGACGCGGCCCUGGCCACGGCCUUCUCUGCCUCGCUGCGCGCCGCCGUGCUGCCCUCCGCGUCCGCUGCUGCCAACGCAUCAGCGGGGGGCCGCGUGCAGCUGUAUCUGGACUCGCACGUGCUGCAGCACCAGCUGCGCUCGCUGGGGGACGAUAGCAUACAGCGAUUGAAGCGCACGCGGGGGGAGCGAGCCCAGACGUGCCGGUGUUUUUCUUCGCCAUCGCAUCAGACCCCAUCCUCAUUGACCAAUCGCUUCUCGCCAAGUCGCUGCCCGACAUGGUGCUCUCAGUGCAGCUGCCGCACCGCCAUUGGCCCACCGGCGUCGCCUGCAACGGCCGAGAGAUGCACGGUGACCUGCGGUGGCGACCCCCUGGCAGCAGUGCUAGCGGCCACAAUGGAGCACCUGGCGGGGCUGCUGCCGGCUCACAUCUCCUUCUCCGCCGCCCACUCCUCUGUCGUUCAGCCACCUCUCAACCGCACUGCACCCAUGCAGGACUGGCGGUGGGCGGCGGGGGGCCAUCCCUUGGCGGCCAUAGGAGGGGGCCUGCUGGGAGGGGGUGGGGCGAGCAGUGCGCAUGUGUCGGAGCUGCAGCGGGAUGCCAUGGCGCGGUCGUUCGUGGUGACGGCGCUGGACGAGGCUGUGGCCACUGUCAACCGCGCCAUCGCACACCUCGCCGCUGAGACCACCCGUGAGCACCGCAACACCCUCAUGGCUACGGUGUUCAGUGUGCCCUACCCCCUCUCCCCCCUCCCUUCUUCCAUCCAAUCAGACGAGGACACGUAUGCGGUGUUCAAGCGGUGGGAGAGGCAGCUCGCAGGGCAGUACAAUGCGGUGGUGGAGGGGUGGAGGCGAGUGGCGGCAGCAGUGGAGGCCAUGGACUAUGGCGGCGCGCUGCAGCUGCUGCCAGGCAUUGAGAGUGCCGCUGCCAGGUGGGUUGAAAGAGGUGCUGCCAGGUUGGUGCUGGGGUGA